AUGGCGACGGCCGUGCUCGACACGCCCGACGCAAUUUCCACCGCGCCGCCUGUCCAAGUGCAAGUGAUCAGCCAAUGGGAGACGGCGCUUCAGAGCAUGGUGGAGGAGAAGGUCCGCUCGUGGUACAAGCUGGCCAAUCAGGGCAUUUUCACGCGCCGCCGCACAAAAGGCGGGAAAAAGCACCACCACCACGACGCGCCGCCCCUGAAACAGCAGCAGCGGACGGGUCACCGCGAUGCGGGGGAGCAUCACUCCGUUAAGCACGGGGAGCAUCAGCAUCACUCAGUUAAGCACCACAAGAAGCACCAUCGAGGAGCGGAAAACGCGGCGGCUCCGGCGCAUGCGGUGGACGUGCGCGUGGAGUGCGAGGAGGGCGCUGCGGAAACCACGCCGCUGCUUACGGCGAGCCGGACGCAGCAGCUGGAGCAGAAGCUCCUUAAAGGGGAGCGGGUCCGCGCUGUCUGGGGCAUCGUGACGGUGGGCAUCCUAGUGGCGCCGGCGUGCGCGUGCGCGCUCUUCGCGCUGCUCUUCCCCGCCCUGCUCCCUUCCUGCCUUGCCAUAUGGGCCAUCGUCGAGGUUAUCUUCGUGGCGAUUCGUUACCAGCAGCUGCGCCGCGCCAGCGACCACCGCCCGGAGCUCCCGCUACCCUCUCUGGAGAGCGUCUCGAACCUGCUCGGCCGCAUCUUGAAGCUCAAGGGCAUCGUGGAUGCGCGCUACUUCUUUGAGGGGUGGUUCCACAACACGCCGCUGGAGCGCCUCACCCGCGAGCACAUUAAGCAGUUCAUCUCGUUCGGGUUCUUCUAUCGCUCGUUCGAGCAGCUGUCGCCCGAAUACCAGGAGGCUGUUGAAGUUAUUGAGACCUCCCCAUUCUUCCCCCACUCCUCUCCCUACCAACCCCCCCGUCCAUCUUCCCCCACUCCUCUCCCUACCAACCCCCCCUUCCAUCUUCCCCCACUCCUCUCCCUACCAAACCCCCCUUCCAUCUUCCCCCACUCCUCUCCCUUACAAACCCCCCUUCCAUCUUCCCCCACUCCUCUCCCUACCAACCCCCCCUUCCAUCUUCCCCCACUCCUCUCCCUACCAAACCCCCCGUCCAUCUUCCCCCACUCCUCUCCCUACCAACCCCCCCUUCCAUCUUCCCCCACUCCUCUCCCUACCAAACCCCUCUUCCAUCCUCCCCCACUCCUCUCCCUACCAAACCCCCCUUCCAUCUUCCCCCACUCCUCUCCCUACCAAACCCCCCUUCCAUCUUCCCCCACUCCUCUCCCUACCAAACCCCCCUUCCAUCUUCCCCCACUCCUCUCCCUACCAAACCCCCCUUCCAUCUUCCCCCACUCCUCUCCCUACCAAACCCCCCGUCCAUCUUCCCCCACUCCUCUCCCUACCAACCCCCCCUUCCAUCUUCCCCCACUCCUCUCCCUACCAAACCCCCCUUCCAUCUUCCCCCACUCCUCUCCCUACCAAACCCCCCUUCCAUCUUCCCCCACUCCUCUCCCUACCAAACCCCCCUUCCAUCUUCCCCCACUCCUCUCCCUACCAAACCCCCCUUCCAUCUUCCCCACGCCCACCUCAAAAACUGAUCUUCCAUUGCUCUCCCACACCUCUUCCCCCCGUCUUCCCCCUCCCCCCCUUAUCCCCCAAUUCCAUCCCCCCCCCUUCCCCCCCAUCCCACUCUCAGCGCACAUGCACUUGAUCGCGCAGGUCUGGGACCUAGCAGUGCUCUCCUCACUCUUCUUCCGCCCAUCUUCCCCCGUGACCCCUCCCUCUCCGCGCCCGCAUGCUCCCCACCCUCCCCCCCCCGUAUCUCACUCAGCGCACAUGCACUCGAUCCCGCAGGUCUGGGACCUCCCAAUGCUCUCCUCACUCCUCUUCCCCCUGUCUUCCCCCGUCACUCCCCCCAUGACCCCCCGCCUUCUCCGCGCCUGCUUGUCCCCUUCCCCCCCACUCUCAGCGCACAUGCACGCGAUCGCGCAGGUCUGGGACCUCCCAAUGCUCCGCCGCCCUUCCGCCUCCGCCCUCUCCCCUUCCGCGGACGAGCAGCAGGCGGAGCCAUCCGCGGAACCAGCAGGCGCAGACGCAGCAGCAGGGGCAGCAGGAACAGGCGGAGCAGAAGCAGGCGGAGAUGAGAACAAAGAAGCAGGAGAAGACCCGGAAUCGGGGGCGGUAUCCUGGGCGGCAGCAGCAGCGGCAGGAGCGGCAGUGACAGCAGCAACAACAGUCGCAGCAGCAGCGGCGGUGGGGGAAACAGCAGCGGUCGAGGUGCUGGGGGAAAUGGCGGAGGCUGUGGUGGGCGGAGAGGGGGACUGCGGAGAGGGGGGAGAGGCUAAGAAUGGGGGGAUGUGGCGGAACGGCGAGGAGGGGAUUGGGUUUAUGGCGCACACACAGGAGCCGAUCAGGGCGGUGGUGCAUCCCUUGUUCGUCUAUGCAGGGGAUCGGGUUUAUGGCACACACACACAGGUGCCGAUAAGGGUGGUGGUGCAUCCGCUGUUUGUGUACGCGUGGGGCCACAUGGUGGCCUGGCUCACUUGGCUCUGCCUCGCCCUGCUGGGCUUCCGCAGGUAUGUCUCCCCAUCCGGCCUCCACUACUAUCACCGACCGGGGUGGAAGGAGCAGAAGGGAAACAAGACACUUGGGUGUGCACGUCUCUUCCUCCAGCCUCCAUGUGUGUUUGGCCCCUCCAUGUGUGUUUGGCCCCUCCAUGUGUGUUUGGCCCCUCCAUGUGUGUUUGGCCCCUCCAUGUGUGUUUGGCCCCUCCAUGUGUGUUUGGCCCCUCCAUGUGUGUUUGGCCCCUCCAUGUGUGUUUGGCCCCUCCAUGUGUGUUUGGCCCCUCCAUGUGUGUUUGGCCCCUCCAUGUGUGUUUGGCCCCUCCAUGUGUGUUUGGCCCCUCCAUGUGUGUUUGGCCCCUCCAUGUGUGUUUGGCCCCUCCAUGUGUGUUUGGCCCCUCCAUGUGUGUUUGGCCCCUCCAUGUGUGUUUGGCCCCUCCAUGUGUGUUUGGCCCCUCCAUGUGUGUUUGGCCCCUCCAUGUGUGUUUGGCCCCUCCAUGUGUGUUUGGCCCCUCCAUGUGUGUUUGGCCCCUCCAUGGUUCCUGACCUCGACAGCAAAGGCACGUCUCUUCCUCCAGCCUCCAUACACGUCUCUUCCUCAGGCCUGCAUUACUUUCACCGACCGGGGUGGAAGGAGCAGAAGGGAAACAAGGCGCACAAGGCAGAGGCGGAGGCGGAGAGCGGUGCAGAUGGGUACGACGCGGUGGUGUUCAUCCACGGGCUGGGCAUCGGCCUCACGCCCUACCUCGCCUUCAUUCACAUGCUGCUCGCCGCGUUUGGGAACAAGGUGAGUGCUUUUAACGCGUAUGGUGUGUGUGUGGGCGCUGGUGGUGCUGUUCUCACGCCCUACCUUGCCUUCAUCCAUCCGUGUUUGAAGAAGGGUUUUGAGACGUCUCAAAACCCUUCUUCAAACAUGCUGCUCUCUGCCUGUGGGAGCAAGCUCCUCCACCUCGCCUGCCAGCUCACCACCUCGUUCUCCUUACCUUACCUCUCCUCCCCCCUCUUGCCUCCCCUCCCCUCGUCUCCUUCCCCAGCCCUUCACCGUGUUCCAGCACCCCCACCUCGCCUGCCAACUCACCCGCUCAGUAUCCCCCCUUCUCUCUUUCUCCUACCAUUCAUCGUGGUCGAGCUGCCCCACCUCGCCUGCCAGCUCACGUCUGCGUCGCCCACCAUCGAGGAAGUGUCUGCUGCAUUGGUCGAGACGCUGUGCAAGCACGGGUACAAGCGCGUGGCGUAUGUCGCUCCUGCGCCGCCAUCGCUCUAUGAUAGCAGCAAUGAGCAUCAUCGACCCAGUCUGCCUGCUGCUGCUUUCACCCCACUUACUCCUUCAUAUGUUCCCAUCUUUGCUCCCUCCGCCCCUUUCCUCUCCCCACUCUCAGCUCCUGCGCCGCCAUCGCUCUAUGAUAGCAGCAAUGAGCAUCAUCGACCCUCUCCUGCGCCGCCAUCGGUCUAUGAUAGCAGCAAUGAGCAUCAUCGACCCUGUCUGCCUGCUGCUCUGCCUGCUGCUCUGCCUGCUGCUCUGCCUGCUCUGCCUGCUGCUCUGCUGCUCUGCCUGCUGCUCUGCCUGCUGCUCUGCCUGCUGCUCUGCCUGCUGCUCUGCCUGCUGCUCUGCCUGCUGCUCUGCCGUCUGCCUGUCAUCCCUCCUUUAUGCCCUUCUCCCUCUUACCUGGUUCCCUGUUCCCAACCCUUCCUCCCCGGCGGAGACCACUUGGCUGCAUGGAUAGGCGAGGCGGUGCGCUGGGUGCUGUGCUCGCGGGAGCUGCAGGUAGCUCGAAGCAUCUGCCGCGGCUUCUCAUGGCAGGAGUACCUGGUGUGGGGCGAUGAGCUGCCGCCUGCCUCUCUGGUGAUGCUAGCAGGGGACGACCAGCUGGUGCCAUCGCCACAGGUGCAGAGCCACCUGGCACGCCACAAUGUGAAUGUGAUUUACAACGAUGGGUUCCAGCAUGCAGAGUUCCUCACAAGGCCCGAUGUUCAGCACAAAUUCGUUAUGGCGUUUGCAGCUACAUGCGCCAAGGUCAGCCACAAGCACGCGAACUAA